AUGAGAGAACUGACGACUCUCAUUCCUAUUGGUCUAUUCACUCUCAAGGUCUGGGUCAUCACUGGGGACAUUAACCAACGAGGCCCAUUUAUUACACUUGAGCACGAUCUUGGCUGCGACAAAGUAUCAUCGAACCCCUUUGCCCAGCAGUUGACCACGUCUCUUCUUUUCAAUGCGGUCAACUCAGCUUCCACAGAAUCUUACCCCAGAUUCAACCAGCGAGCACAAGGUGACUCUUGCUCUGUCGCCAACUUUCUUAGCUACCAUACGCUAAUUACAGUCAAGCUCCGCGAUGAUACCGCGAUCGCUCCUGCAGUUCACCGCUUAAACAAACCUCCUGCUAUAUCGACGAUCUUGUGUUACGCAACGAUCACCCAUACACAGAGAUCCCGUGUCAGCAUCAAAACGAUAGAUUCUGCACAAGGAGACGAGGCCGACAUCGUUUAUGUCGACACUGUCAAUGAAUCCAGUCUUGGCUAUGACGGUGAGAGCCACAGAACCACAAUCGCGAGGACUCGUACGUCGAUGUUUACGGUAUUCGCUCCCAACUGGGGCACCUUCGUGGGCUGGGAAGUGAAGGAAAAGUGCGCUUAUUGUCGAGGCGACCAUUUCGCUCCCGACUGCAUCAACCAGUCAAAGGAAUGA